AUGGAAAUAGGAGCUUGCAAAGGAGAAAUGACAAAAAAAGACUUGAGAAAGAAAGAAAGAGAAGAGAUAGAUAACCCAAAUGUUCUACUUUAUUCCUCCCACUUGCCUGAAAACAAACUAAUCAGAGUUAAAGCUGGUAAGGGGUCUCCAAGGACAAUUCCUGACACUUUCCUCGGAGUAUUCGUCGAGGAGAUUAAUCAUGCUUGUGCUGGGGGACUGUGGGCAGAACUUGUUAGCAAUAGAGUGAUUGGAAAUGAAUCAUCCAUUUCUGUUUCAAUUAACUCUACCUCAUGUUUUGAGCGUAAUAAAGCUGCAUUAAACAUGGAGGUUCAUUGUGGUGAUCACAACCCUUGCCCAGUUGGUGGCGUUGGUGUCUCUAACCCUGGUUAUUGGGGCAUGAAUAUCGAGGAAGGGAAAUUGUACAAGGUGGUGUAUCAUGUUAAAUCAGAAGGAAAUGUUGAUUUUCAACUUUCAUUCGCGGGUGUUGAUGUCAUAAAGGUGGCAUCAAAUAUCACACAAGUUUCUGGGCAAAACCAAUGGAAAAGGGUGGAGACAUUGUUGAAAGCAAAUGCUACUAAUCACAGUUCAAGUCUUCAAAUCACCACAACCACUAACGGAAUAGGACCAUGGGAGGAGAGACCUGGGCACUUCAAUGAUAUUUGGAACUAUUGGAGUGAAGAUGGAAUUGGUUAUUUUGAGUAUCUCCAACUAGCAGAGGACCUUGGUGCAUUGCCCAUAUGGGUGUUCAACGCUGGUAUCAGCCGUUAUGAACAAAUUAAAACUUCAAACCUAGCACCUUAUGUGCAAGAUGCUCUAGAUGGCAUUGAAUUUGCAAGAGGCUCUUCUAAAUCAAAGUGGGGUUCUCUUAGAGCUAGAUUGGGACAUCCUAACCCAUUUGAUUUGAGAUACGUUGCCGUUGGAAACGAAGAUUGUGAAUUUUCAAAUUAUCAAGCAAAUUACGUUACGUUCCAUGAUGCUAUAAGACACGCCUACCCAGAUAUCAAAAUCAUCUCAAAUUGUGAUGCUUCAAACACCCCAUUAAACCAUUCAGCCGAUUUGUUCGAUUUUCAUAUUUAUACAAACUCCGGUGACCUGUUUUCCAAGUCUACUCAGUUCGAGAAAACAUCGCGAUCUGGUCCAAAGGCUUUUGUGAGUGAGUAUGCUGUGUGGAGAGAAGAUGCUGCAAAUGGAAGUCUUGUGGCUGCUGUGGCUGAAGCUGCAUUUCUUAUUGGAUUGGAAAAGAACAGUGAUGUUGUCGACAUGGUUUCCUAUGCACCGCUUUUCUCAAAUAUAAACGACAGGAAAUGGAUUCCCGAUGCAAUUGUGUUCAACUCUUAUCAGCUCUAUGGAACUCCUAGCUAUUGGGUGCAGAAGCUUUUUAUUGAGUCCAGUGGUGCAACGUAUCUUAAUUCAUCACUCCUUACAACUUCUUCUUCUAAUAAACUAAUUGCAUCUGGAAUUAGUUGGCAAAAUUCUACAGAUAAGAAAAAUUACCUAAGAAUAAAGGUAGUAAACUUUGGAGCAGCCACAGAGGAACUUAACAUACUCAUAGAUGGGUUCCCAAAAGAGCAGAAGUUUGGUUUUACAAAGACAGUGCUUACAUCCACCAACAAAAUGGAUGAGAAUUCCUUCUCAGAGCCUACGAAGGUGGUGCCACAAACAAGUUGGGUAGAGAAUGUUUCCAAGGAGAUAAAUGCAACUCUCUCUCCCUAUUCGGUGACAUCAUUUGAUUUGUUAAUUUAUUAG